CGCCCGUUCUAACACGGGCUGGAAACCCCAUCUUACUCUCUUCCUCUCGCUGUCCACAAGCAAGAUGCCUGGUGUCACAGUGAAAGACGUCAACCAGCAGGAGUUUGUCCGUGCCCUAUCGGCUUUCCUGAAGAAGUCAGGAAAGCUGAAGGUCCCAGAUUGGGUGGACAUUGUCAAGCUGGCCAAACACAAGGAGCUGGCCCCCAGCGAUGAGAACUGGUUCUACACCAGAGCUGCUUCCACAGUGCGCCACCUGUACCUGCGUGGGGGUGCAGGUGUGGGCUCCAUGACCAAGAUCUAUGGUGGUCGCCAGAGGAACGGUGUGUGCCCUGCCCACUUCAGUGUCGGCUCCAAAAACGUGGCCCGCAAGGUGCUGCAGGCCCUCGAGCUUCUCAAGAUGGUGGAGAAGAACCCAAACGGAGGUCGCAGACUAACCGCCCAGGGAACCAGAGAUCUGGACAGGAUUGCUGGCCAGGUUGCAGCUGCAAAGUUACCCCCGAAGGCUGCCCCCACAGUUUAAUAAAUAUUUUUGGGAGAAGGUGAAA